GCGCCGGAGGACUGCGCUGCUGGCAGGACUCGCCACGAUGAAUCCAGAAGAACAAAUUGUAACAUGGCUUAUUUCAUUAGGAGUUUUAAAUUCGCCUAAGAAAACGGUUGAUGAUCCGGAGGAGUUCCUGAAAACUUCUCUGAAAGAUGGAACUGUACUUUGUAAGCUCAUUAAUCGACUUCUUCCGGGAUCUGCAGAAAAGUAUUGCCUGGAACCUAAAAAUGAAGCUGAUUGCAUCAGUAAUAUUCAAGAGUUCUUGAAAGGCUGUGCAGUCCUUAAAGUGGAGGUGUUUGAUCCACAUGAUUUGUACACUGGAGAACAGUUCUCCAAGGUCCUGGGUACAUUAACAGCUGUAAAUAAAGCUACUGAAGAUCAACCAUCAAAAGGGCCAUGUUCACAUCUAUCGUCUCUUAGCUCUGCGGCUGGAGGUCCCCACUCUGACUCCAACGGCGCAGCUUCACCGUCAGCAGGGGUGUUAAGGAGGCAGUCCAAGCUUGUGGAGAUGACCGAGAAUGGAAGUCAUCAGCUGGUGGUAAAGGCCAGGUUCAAUUUUAAGCAGACCAAUGAGGAUGAACUCUCUGUUAACAAAGGAGAUAUUAUUUAUGUCACUCGGGUUGAAGAAGGGGGCUGGUGGGAAGGGACCUUGAAUGGAAAAACAGGCUGGUUCCCAAGCAACUACGUCAGAGAAAUCAAAUCCACCGAUAAACCACUCUCUCCCAAAGCAUUAAAAGGACUUGAAAGCACUCAGCUGACAAAGAAUUAUUACCCUGUGGUGUUGCAAAAUAUUCUGGAAACAGAACGAGAUUAUGCGAAGGAACUACAGUCACUUCUGGGAACUUACUUAAGACCCCUGCAAUCUUAUGAUAAACUCAGUGCUGUGGACAUCGCAUCGUUGCUGGGAAAUGUGGAAGAAAUCUCUGCAUUUCAGCAAACAUUGAACCAAGCCUUGGAAGAAGUUGCAAAGCUGCCCGAGAACCAGCAGCGUGUGGGAGGCUGUUUCAUGAGCCUGAUGCCCCAGUUCCGCUCCCUGUACCUGACGUACUGCGCCAACCACCCCUGCGCCGUCAGCGUCCUCACGCAGCACAGUGAUGAGCUGGAGAAGUUCAUGGAGAGCCAGGGUGCGGCCACCCCAGGCAUUCUCAUCUUAACCAUGAGCCUCAGCAAACCCUUCCUCAGGCUGGAUAAAUAUGUGACCCUGCUGCAGGAGCUGGAGCGGCACAUGGAGGAGGCGCAUGCAGAUCACGAAGAGGUUCUGAAAGCCAUCACAUCCUUCAAGUCCCUUGUGUCGCAGUGCCAGGAGCUGAGGAAGAGGAAACAGCUUGAACUGCAGAUCCUUUCUGAAUCCAUCCAGCGCUGGGAAGGAGAGGACAUAAAAACAAUGGGAAACAUCAUCUACAUGUCCCAGGUUAUGGUACAGUGUGGGGGAAGUGAGGAGAAGGAAGAGCGGUAUUUCUUGUUGUUUUCAAACGUUUUGCUGAUGCUGUCUGCAAGCCCACGGAUGAGUGGGUUCAUCUAUCAGGGAAAGCUGCCUUUGACAGGAAUGACGCUGACAAAGCUGGAAGAUGCCGAAGGGAACGAGCACAUGUUUGAAAUUGCAGGAAACAUGAUGGAGCGGAUCACUGUGUCCUGCAGCUCCAGCCAGGACUUGCAUGAAUGGCUGGACCACUUGCAAAGGCUGACCAAAGGGACAUGCAACACCAUAUCCAAAACACAGUCCUGGAGUGCUCACUCGACAUUUAGUUCAGCUGGACAGGUCCGUGGGCCUCUGGAACCCCCCAAAAUCCUUAAGCCCUGGAGCCUCAGCUGCCUCCGUCCUGCUCCUCCACUCAGACCAUCGGCAGCACUGAGUUACAAAGAGAGGAUGUCUUAUAUCUUAAAGGAUUCCAGCAAAAGUCCAAAAACAAUGAAGAAGUUUCUUCCAAAAAGGAAAACUGAGAGAAAACCAUCUGAUGAAGAGUUUGUUAUUCGAAAAAGUACGGCUGCGCUGGAAGAAGAUGCUCAGAUUCUGAAGGUGAUUGAGGCAUACUGUACUGGGGCAGGCUUCCAGCAAGCCCCCAGCUCAGGCUCCCGUAAAGACUCCAUCCCCCAAGUCCUUCUUCCUGAGGAAGAGAAAAUCAUCAUAGAGGAAACACGAAGCAACGGCCAGACUGUCACGGAGGAAAAGAGCCUUGUUGACACGGUUUAUGCACUGAAAGAUGAAGUCAAAGAGCUGAAGCAGGAAAACAAAAGGAUGAAACAGUGUUUGGAGGAAGAGCUUAAAUCCAGGAAGGACUUGGAGAAGCUGGUUAGAAGGCUGCUGAAGCAGACAGAUGAGUGUGGCAGGGAGGACACGGGGCGCAAGUCGUCCCUGAUCGCCUGAAUUCGGGCAGAAGCUGCUGGCAGUGGUGUGUGACCUCAGGUGUUUUUUUGGGAAGUGGAACUGGAUCCUUUGCCUCUUCUUGCUCCGUAUUUUGUUGGUUUGGGGAAUUUUGUUAC